CUCCAGAAGCUUCUGCCGGUUCUCUCUGCUCUGAGUUCCCGGCUCUGCAUCCUGCCGCCAUGAUGGGCCAUGUCCCGUGCUCGUGCUUAGCCAGAACACAAAGCGAGAAUCUGGAAGAAAAGUUCAGUCUGGAAACAUCAAUGCUGCCAAGACUAUCGCAGAUAUCAUCAGAACAUGUUUGGGACCCAAGUCCAUGAUGAAGAUGCUGUUGGACGCAAUGGGAGGCAUAGUGAUGACCAAUGACGGCAAUGCCAUUCUUCGAGAGAUCCAAGUCCAGCAUCCAGCAGCCAAAUCCAUGAUUGAAAUUAGCUGAACUCAGGAUGAAGAGGUUGGAGAUGGGACCACAUCAGUAAUUAUUCUUGCGGGAGAAAUGCUGUCUGUGGCUGAACACUUCCUAGAGCAGCAGAUGCACCCAACAGUGGUGAUCAGUGCGUACCGCAAGGCAUUGGAUGACAUGAUCAGCACCCUAAAGAAAAUCAGUACUCCUGUGGACGUUAAUAACCGCGAUACAAUGCUGAACAUCAUCAACAGCUCCAUUACCACCAAAGCAAUCAGUCGAUGGUCCUCUUUGGCCUGUAACAUUGCGCUGGAUGCUGUUAGGACUGUACAGUUUGAGGAGAAUGGUCGGAAGGAGAUAGACAUCAAGAAAUAUGCCAGGGUGGAAAAGAUACCUGGGGGCAUCAUCGAAGACUCCUGUGUCUUACGAGGAGUCAUGAUUAACAAGGAUGUGACCCACCCACGAAUGCGGCGCUUUAUCAAGAACCCUCGCAUUGUGCUGCUAGAUUCUUCUCUGGAAUACAAGAAAGGAGAAAGCCAGACUGACAUUGAGAUUACACGAGAGGAAGACUUCACCCGAAUCCUCCAGAUGGAAGAAGAGUAUAUCCAGCAGCUCUGUGAGGACAUUAUCCAACUGAAGCCUGACGUGGUCAUCACAGAAAAGGGCAUUUCGGAUUUAGCUCAGCACUACCUCAUGCGGGCCAAUGUCACAGCCAGAGGCCAUGACUGGUGUGGAACAGUUUUGUCGUACCGGGCUGUUGCCCAAGCCCUCGAGGUCAUCCCUCGUACCCUGAUCCAGAACUGCGGGGCCAACACCAUCCAUCUUCUUACCUCCCUCCGGGCCAAGCACACCCAGGAGAACUGUGAGACCUGGGGAGUAAAUGGAGAAACGGGCACUUUGGUGGACAUGAAGGAACUGGGCAUAUGGGAGCCAUUGGCUGUGAAGCUGCAGACAUAUAAGACAGCAGUGGAGAUGGCAGUGCUGCUGCUGCGGAUUGAUGACAUUGUCUCAGGCCACAAAAAGAAGGGUGAUGACCAGAGCCGGCAAGGUGGGGCCCCUGAUGCGGGCCAGGAGGAAAGUAUGUCUGAGCAGUGGCCUUGGUACACUACAGACUGGGCAAAGCUAGCCUUUGAUUUCUUCAGUGUCCUCCUCGAGGUUACUGGGCCUUCCUCUGGCCUCCCUUUUGGCCUUGUGAUAGUUUCAGAAUCUAACAGAAACGUUGGCUCUUUACUGUGUGUUUGCUUCCCCAAGGAAGUAGAACGCAACCUCCAGGAUGCCAUGCAAGUGUGCCGUAACGUUCUCCUGGACCCUCAGCUGGUGCCGGGGGGUGGUGCCUCUGAGAUGGCUGUGGCCCACGCCUUGACAGAAAAAUCUAAGGCCAUGACUGGUGUGGAACAGUGGCCGUACCGGGCUGUUGCCCAAGCCCUCGAGGUCAUCCCUCGUACCCUGAUCCAGAACUGCGGGGCCAGCACCAUCCGUCUUCUUACCUCCCUCCGGGCCAAGCACACCCAGGAGAACUGUGAGACCUGGGGAGUAAAUGGAGAAACGGGCACUUUGGUGGACAUGAAGGAACUGGGCAUAUGGGAGCCAUUGGCUGUGAAGCUGCAGACAUAUAAGACAGCAGUGGAGACGGCAGUGCUGCUGCUGCGGAUUGAUGACAUCGUCUCAGGCCACAAAAAGAAGGGUGAUGACCAGAGCCGGCAAGGUGGGGCCCCUGAUGCGGGCCAGGAGUGAGUGGUGGGCUGGACGACUUCAGCUCACAGAAGCAGCAGUCUCCCCUUCCCUGGGCCAGAGUGCCAGGGACACUGGACGUCUUUGUUUGGAAGGGUUCAGGUUGAGGGGCAGCCCAGUCCCUUUCUGUCCCAGCUCAGUUUGCAAAAGACACUGACAUGUAAUUCUUCUCUAUUGUAAGCUUUCCAUUUAGUUUGCUUCCGAUGAUUAAAUCUGAGUCAUC